AUGAUUGGCUGGAUCGAGUCCUGCUCUGUUCUGAUCUCUCGGCACCUCACACUUCCUGCUCUCAUCCACAGGCAUCGUAUUUGGGGCCCCUGGUCCCGGAUGAAUGUUUUCAUAUACUCUGCCUACACUCUGGUCAAUAUCACUCUGGUUUUCUUCCAUACACACUCCGUCGCCCAAGCUGGCCGCCGAGCUGGAGAGCUGGCUCUUAUCAACCUUAUUUUUCCCCUCUCGGCCACUCACCUCGGUUACCUUGCUGACCUUCUGGGUAUCACCUGGCGUACUUGCUGCAAGAUUCAUCAGGUAACAGGUUGGAUGUCUGUCGCUCUGCUGUGUUUUCACGUGGUUGCAGAAUGCCAGAGCCGGGGAUUCAGUUUUCCUCUUGGGGCAUUACGUAACAUAUCUACCCUAAUUGUAAGUUUCCUGGCCGGCGACGACUCUCACCUCCCCGUGGUGCCGGCUGGGAACCUGCGAAUGCCUUGCCCGAUGGCAUUAGCAGAGCUGAGAAGAGUCACACCAGCCAGCACUGUCCGCUGGCUAGGGCUGCUGCUAGAGCGAGAGCUCAGGGGUCAGGGGGUCCUGACCCCACGCACAGGCGACAAGGGAACAAUUUGA